AAUGAAGAGCACCCUACAGGAAAAUACUGAUAGGAUGCAAGAACAAUCUGAAGAACUCCACCGUUUGGAGUCUCAGCGUGACAUGCUGCUCGGUGAGCUUGAAGAGCUGAGAGCUUCUGUUUCCAAAGAACAGAAAGCAGAAAUUCAGGAGAAGGAAUUCAACCAGAGGCUCCAGCAACUAGAGAAUGAAAAGUCAACUAUAGUAAAGGAAAAGAAUAACCUCCAGGAGAUAUUGGAGACUGCUAAAGUACAGAGGGACGAAGUGAAGAGCACCCGACAAGAAAUCCUUGAGAAGAUGCAUGAACAAUCUCAAGAACUCCACCGCGUGAUAUCUCAGCGUGACAUGUUGCUAGUUGAAAUUGAAAAGCUGAAAACCUCUAUUUCCAAAGAACAAAGUUCAGAAAUUCUAGAAGAGAAAUUCAAUCAGCAGUUCCAGCAACUAAAGGAUGAGAAAUCACUGAUCGUAAAGGAGAAGGAUGACCUCCAGGUGAUACUAGAGAGUGUCAAUGUACAGAGGGAUGAAAUGAAGAGUACCUUGCAGGAAAAUGCUGAGAGGAUGCAAGAACAAUCUGAGGAACUCCACCAGGUGGUAUCUCAACGCGAUGUGCUGCUUGGUGAGAUUGGUGAGCUGAAGGCUCAUAUUUCCAAAGAGCAAAGCACAGGACUUCUCGAAGAGAAAUUCAACCAACGACUCCAGCAACUGGAGAAUGAAAAAUUAAGCAUAGCAAAGGAGAAGGAGGAGCUCCAGGAGUCACUGGAGAGUGCCAAAUCACAGAACAGUGAAAUGAUGAGUACCCUACAAGAAAACACUGAGGCAAUGCAAGAACAAACUAAGGAACUACGCUGUGUAGUGUCUCAGCGCGAUGUGCUGCUUGGUGAGAUUGAAGAGCUGAGAGCUCAUGUUUCCAAGGAACAAAAAGAAGGAAUUCAGGAGAAGGAAUUCAACCUGAGGCUCCAGCAACUAGAGGAUGAAAAAUCAACCAUAAUAAAGGAGAACGAUAAUCUCCAGGUGAUGCUGGAGAGUAUUAAAGUGCAGAGGGAUGAACUGAAGAGCACUCUCCAAGAAAACACUGAGAUGAUGCAAGAACAAUCUGAAGAACUUUACUGUGUGGUAUCUCAACGUGAUGUGCUGCUUGGUGAGAUUGAUGAGCUGAAGGCUCAUAUUUCCAAAGAGCAAAGCACAGAACUUGUGGAAGAAAAUUUCAACCGACUCCAACAACUGGAGGAUGAAAAAUUAACCAUAACAAAGGAGAAGAUGGAUCUCCAGGAGUUACUGGAGAGUGCCAAAUCACAGAACAGUGAAAUGAUGAAUACCCUACAAGAAAACACUGAGGCAAUGCAAGAGCAAACUAAGGAACUGCGCGGUGUGGUGUCUCAGCGUGAUGUGCUGCUUGGUGAGAUUGAAGAGUUGAGAGCUCGUGUUUCCAAGGAACAAAAAGAAGAAAUUCAGGAGAAGGAAUUCAACCUGAGGCUCCAGCAACUAGAGGAUGAAAAGUCAGCCAUAAUAAAGGAGAAUGAUAAUCUUCAGGUGAUGCUGGAGAGUAUUAAAGUGCAGAGGGAUGAACUGAAGAGCACUCUCCAAGAAAACACUGAGAUGAUGCAAGAACAAUCUGAGGAACUUCAUCGUGUGGUAUCUCAACGUGAUGUGCUGCUUGGUGAGAUUGAUGAGCUGAAGGCUCAUAUUUCCAAAGAGCAAAGCACAGAACUUGUGGAAGAAAAUUUCAACCAACGACUCCAGCAACUGGAGGAUGAAAAAUUAACCAUAACAAAGGAGAAGAUGGAUCUCCAGGAGUUACUGGAGAGUGCCAAAUCACAGAACAGUGAAAUGAUGAAUACCCUACAAGAAAACACUGAGGCAAUGCAAGAGCAAACUAAGGAACUGCGCGGUGUGGUGUCUCAGCGCGAUGUGCUGCUUGGUGAGAUUGAAGAGCUAAGAGCUCACAUUUCCAAUGAACAAAAAGCAGAAAUCCAGGAAAGAGAAUUCAACCUGAGGCUCCAGGAAUUAGAGGAUGAAAAGUCAGCCAUAGUAAAGGAGAACGAUAAUCUCCAGGCAAUGCUGAAGAGUAUUAAAAUACAGAGGGAUGAAAUGAAGAGCACCCUCCGGGAAAACACUGAGAUGAUGCAAGAACAAUCUGAGGAACUUCAUCGUGUGGUAUCUCAGCGUGAUGUGCUACUCGGUGAGAUUGAUGAGCUGAGGGCUUGUAUUUGCAAAGAGCAAAGCACAGAACUUGUGGAAGAAAAUUUCAACCAACGACUCCGGCAACUGGAGGAUGAAAAAUUAACCAUAACAAAGGAAAAGGAGGAUCUCCAGGAAUUACUGGAGAGUGCCAAAUCAGAAAACAAUGAAAUGAUGAGUACCCUACAAGAAAACACUGAGGCAAUGCAAGAACAAACUAAGGAACUGCGCUGUGUGGUGUCUCAGCGUGAUGUGCUGCUUGGUGAAAUUGAAGAGCUGAGAGCUCGUGAACAAAAAGCAGAAAUUCAGGAGAAGGAAUUUAACCUGAGAGUCCAGCAACUAGAGGAUGAAAAGUCAACCAUAAUAAAAGAGAAUGAUAAUCUCCAGGUGAUGCUAGAGAAUAGUAAAGUGCAGAAGGAUGAAAUGAAGAGGACCCUACAAGAAAACACUAAGAUAUGGACAGAUGAGCUUAACAGUGUAAGAAACCACCGUGACCGGCUGCUAAUUGAGACUGAACAAUUGAGGGAGGAAAUGAAAGCUCAUGUGUCCAAGGUGCAGAAAAUGGAACUCUUGCAGAGAGAAUCUAAUGAUCAACUGGAGAGAGAUAAAAUAUCCAUAUUGAUGGAGAAAGAUGAGCUCAAAUUACAGGUGGAUAAAACCCAGACUGUUCUCUCUGAAAAGACUGAAUUGCUUAUGAUGGAAGAAAGAAGGAACAAAGAACUUAAAGAAUCUGUCACAAUCUUAGAGAAACAAAUUGUUACUUUGAAAGAAGAGAAAGCAGGAAUUGUAUCCACUAAUUCAGAAACUGAUCCAGUUGAAGCAGAAAUUAAUAGGCUUAGUAAUUGUCUACAGGAAAAAGAUCUACUAUUGCAGAACACAAUUCAGAAUUUAUUUCAAUUGGAAAAUGAGUACAAGAUUAGCCUAUCUAAAGCUGACCAAGAAUUGUCAAGAGAGGCGGAAGCAUGGAAAGAACUACUGAUCAGAUUUUGCUCUGAAGUACCUGAAGGUUCAACAGAAUCAAUACGCAUUGGGAAGCUACAGGAAGAGAAUCAAAAACUAUACGAGAAACUUAAGUUGUGGAGAAGUAAUUUUAUGAGAACGCUGAGUACUGUACCUCCUCGUGUGAAAAAUUAUCAGAAGCCUAUUAGUAAAUGUGACAUAAGUCUAGCAGAAGAGUUAAAGAAGAAUGAAGAAUUGCUCAUACAGUUGCAGGCUCUGAAGAAGCAAGCAUCUGGUCCAGCUGAACUGGAAUUAAUGUCAGAAGAGAAGAACACUGAAAUAGGAAGAAUUUCGGCUUUAAUUGCAAAUAAAGAAAACCAUUUGCAGGAUACCCAGCAGAAUAUGUUGGAAUUGAAGUCAAAAUAUCAAAACUUCUUGACCAGCUCACAGAAUGGAUUACUUUCCAAGGCAAAAGCCCGAAUGUGUCUUAUGGAAAGAAUUUCCAAUCAGACCUGCACAAAUAUUUUGAAUAUAAUUGAAGAAAUUGAGAACGAAAAUCAAAUGCUAGAUCAAGAAUGUCGGCUUCAAUGGAAAGCAGUUCAGAGUGAAGCUAAAUUUUCUGAGUCAGUGCGAACUGGAUAUGUAAAGUACAUCAGGAAUUCUUGUGAUGAAAUGGCUAAUGAGAAGAAACAAAAUGAGGAACUGCUUUCACAGAUUGAAGCUCUUAGACAGGAUUCAUUCAACAAAAAUGGUUAUGAUCCAUUAUUAACUGUGGAGAACCAGAAGCUGUCCAAAAAGUUGAAGGCAGCUGAGCUAACAUUGCAGAAAAUGAGAAUAAAAAUUCAUGAGUUGGAAAUGACACUGACAACAAGUCAAGAAGCUCACAAACAACAGGAAGAUAAACUUGCAGAACUGCAGACAGAAAUAAACUCCAAGACUUCAGAGAAAAAACUUGAAGACCUUCACAAGAAAUUGUCAAAGAAGGACAACCAGAUUAAAAGCUUUGAAGAAAGAAUAAAACAGCUGCAGGCCAAGCUGGACAUGGGAGCUCAACCUUUCAAAGAGGAGAUGACUGAGCUGAAAAAUCAAUUGCUUGCACUGCAGUUGGAGAAAAUUAAGGAGAGUAAACAUCUUGAAAAUCAAAUUAGUUCUCUCAAAGCCAGCUUAGAGCAUAAAGAAGAGCUGCUGAGACAAAUGAAGGAAACACUUCGAAGAAACCAACAAGAACAGGAUACCACAAUUACAAUUGAAAGUAAAGAUGAGACACGUUCUACGGAUGCAUCUCUCACAUACAGUGCUGGAAGCGGUAUAGUUCAGAAUGCAAUGGUACUUGUUUUAAAUUCUGAGAAAGCUAAACUUAUUCGAGACCUAAAUCAGCUCAAGAAAGAAAAUGCACAUCUUAAAAGAAUGGUGUCUGAGCUAAAAUAUGAAAAUAAUAAAUGGAAAGAAAGAGCUGUAAAGCUUGAAGAAAAGGACCGAACGCCAUUAAAGCAUCGACUGAAGCAUGAAAACGUUCAGCAUACUUUUACACAGUGUCCAGAUGAGAGUCUCACUGCCCAAUUGCAAAAAGAAUGUGCAUCAGUGCCACAAAAAGUUGAGAUUUCGACAGAAUUAUUUCCUCCUGAAAGCAAAGCUACUGACACUCAGGAUGAAACUGCAUUGGCUUUGGAAAAAAUGCUUCCCAUUGAUUCUUCUAAAACGUCAUUGUUUGGUAUGGAAUCACAGUCGUGGUCACUUCCUCAGUCCAAAAUUUUUGAUAACUCUCAGCUGGGCUUCCUAGCAGUUGGAAGUCCUCAACAAAAACCUAAAUCUGAUGAGAAUGAACGCAAUGAUUGGUGGCCCAAACCCUCUGCUGAUGAACCAGAGUGUAAAAUGCAGUGAAAGUUAAUUGAUGGGGAAAAGGAAUACAUUAAGGACCACCAAAUGCAUUCACUAAAGCAUGGUUGAAACUACUAUCAUUGAAUGGUUGUAUACUUCUGCUGGAGCCAGGUAGCUCAAUUGAUUCAUCUUUCUUGGAGGUCAAUGGACAGCUGGGUCUGAUUCAAAUUGUCACAUUGGUGCACUGUGUGUUGUUUUAAUGAGGAUAAAAGGAAGUUUGUUUAGAAUCUAACUGUGGUAAAUCUGACAAAAAGAUGCUGGAUGCUCACACUUUGGAAAUGUUGCAUUUUCCAGCACUGGCAUUUCUUGUAGCAUCAAAAUUUGUUUUGUAAAACAUGUCUGUUUCUAUCAUUGGCUGCAAAUAAAUACGUGGCAGCAACAUUCAUGCCAAAUGAGCAAAGGCAGUAGUUCUGAUGUUUAAUAGUAUGAAAUAUUGUCCUGGAAAAUGCUCUCCAAUGUUUCAAAAACUUUUUCAUCAAACAGAAGAUUUCAUUAACUUGUAUUUAGUCUCUGUUAUGAAUAUUUACACUUUUGUAAUAAAAGUUUCUCCUAUUGAAGUUUUCUCAAUAAAUAAAAACAUUUUUCUAUUCAAAAAAA